ACUCUCCACCCUCCCUCUCCGUUGACAGUGCAAAGCAGAAACAGAACACACAAAAAAAUCGAAAUUUUUUCUCUGCUCUCCAAAAAAAAAAAAAACGCGCCAUGAGAACGAGCAAUCAUCUGAUAGGUCUAGUGAACUUCCUCACCUUCCUCCUCUCCAUCCCGAUCCUCGGCGGUGGAAUCUGGCUUAGCAGCAGAGCCAACACCACCGACUGCUUGAGAUUCCUCCAAUGGCCGCUCAUCGUCAUCGGGAUCUCCAUCAUGGUCGUCUCCCUCGCCGGAUUCGCCGGAUCCUGUUACCGGAACAAGUUCCUCAUGCGGCUUUACCUCUUCGUCAUGAUCUUCGUCAUCGCUGCCCUAAUCGGCUUCAUCAUCUUCGCUUAUGCCGUUACCGACAAGGGAACGGGUCGCGUCGUGUUGAAUCGGGCGUAUUUGGAUUACUAUUUGGAGGAUUACUCGGGUUGGUUGAAGGAUCGGGUCGCCGAUGAUGGGUACUGGGCGAAGAUUAGCUCGUGUAUUAGGGAUUCUGGUGCUUGUAGGAAGAUCGGAAGGAGCUUCAAUGGCAUCCCUGAAACUGCUGAUAUGUUCUUCCUCAGAAGGCUAAACCCUAUCGAGUCGGGAUGUUGCAAACCACCGACAGAGUGUGGAUACGCUUAUGUGAACGAGACGGUGUGGACUCCAGGAGGAGGGCUUGUCGGGGCAAACCCCGACUGCACGGCAUGGAACAACGACCAGACGUUUCUGUGCUACCAAUGCAGCUCUUGCAAAGCCGGCAUUUUGGGCAGCCUGAAGAAGAGCUGGCGAAAGGUAUCGGUUAUCAACAUCGUGGUUCUGAUCAUUCUCGUGAUCUUCUACGUGAUCGCCUAUGCUGCUUAUCGGAAUGUCAAGAGGAUUGAUAAUGAUGAGCCGGCCGGUGAGGCCAGGAUGACUAAAUCACACCCUAGCCAUUUCCAGCUUUGAUGACGUGUGAUGAAGCUUAGGCAGAAAAGAUUGAAAACUUUUUAUGAUGAAGAAAGGUUGAAGCUUUGAGAUGUAAAAGUUUGUGUUUUUGGCUUUUUGUUUGUAAGUUUUUUCAAAAAAAAAUUAUUGGUGGGUUUUA